AUGGCUCCAUUUGAAGCCCUCUACGGGAGUCGGUGCAGAACGCCUAUUGGUUGGUUUGAAGUAGGUGAAACUCAAAUAUUAGGACCAGACCUUGUUCACCAAGCCGUUGAAAAAGUGAAGUUGAUAAAAGAGCGACUGAAAACGGCACAGAGCCUACAAAAAUCAUAUGUAGACGUACGCCGUAGAGACAUAGAGUUCCAGGUUGAUGACUGGGUAUUCUUGAAAGUAUCCCCUAUGAAGGGCGUUAUGAGAUUUGGGAGGAAAGGUAAGUUGAGCCCCAGGUAUAUUGGGCCAUAUAAAGUUAUACGUAGAGUUGGUCAGGUUAUUCCCAUAGCAAGUGUGGAAUUCUCAGAACACUUAUCUUAUGAGGAAGUUCCAGUGGCAAUAUUGGACCGACAUGUCAGGAAGUUGAGGACAAAUGACGUAGCAUCAGUCAAGGUACUUGAUACAGAAACCACAUGUUCCUCAGAGUUGAAACAUCCACAGUAUAAGGUUUUGGAUAGGCCUGUUUACAAAGAAAACUCAGCCAAUAUUUUUUUAAAAUUCAUUCGAGGAUGA